AUGGCUGACUUACUUCUGUCUGGCUUUGUCACGUUUGGUGCUGUCACGGUUCUGUCCACACUUUUUUUCGUGCUUUUUCUGUACUGGUAUGGCACCUGUGGAUUUUCUGUCCUCAAGUAUAUGAAUGUUCCUGGUCCUGCACCAAAACCAUUUGUAGGAAACAUUCCAGAUCUGAAAAAGUACCGUGGAAUACAUUUAAUGAUGCUGGAUUAUCUUAAAACCUAUGGAAAGGUGUUCGCUGUUUCUUUGGGUAGGAAACCUUCCCUCGUCGUUGCAGACCCUGAAGUACUUAAACAGAUCCUUGUGAAGGAUUUUUCCAAUUUUCGAAAUCAUCACAUUCCUGGGAAACAACCGGCUCGAUUCAGUAGAAGCAUAUUUGCUGCACGUGACGAAUAUUGGAAAAAAAUCCGCAACAUGUUGACGCCUACGUUCAGUGCGGGAAAAAUGAAGCUGAUGGUGCCACUGAUCGAGAAGUCAUGCGACGUGCUAAUGGAGAAACUUGAAAGAAUUGCUGCUACUGGUGACAGUGUGGAUGUGUCCAACUGGUUUAGCAAGCUUACUCUCGAGCUCAUCCUGUCCACUGCGUUUGGCGUGGAUGCGGCGAUCCAAACAGACCCAAACAGCGAGAUUUUGCGCAAAGCGCGAGAGAUUUUUGGCGCCCCCUCAUCCUUACGUGUUCUUCAUCGCCUUCCAUUUGGAAGUUACCUACUUCGUUUCAUAAAUCACUUAAAAGGAGUAAAAGGCGAAUACUUUGAGGACCUGGCAAAGGACAUUAUAAAGAGGCGCCUUGAAGUGGGAACAAACGGAAGAGUUGACCUUUUACAGUUGAUGUUGACCGCCAAUGAGGCAGCUGACGAGGCCAGUAAACUUUCUGAGGAUGAACUUGUUGCUCAGUCGGUUUUCUUUUUGUUAGUCGGCUACAAAAACACAAGCAAUUCCAUGGCCUUUAUCACUUACUUCCUGGCAACGAAUCCUCAAGUCCAAAAUGAGUUAAGAAAAGAAAUUCGAGAGGCACAAAAGUCAAAUCCAAAGGCGUCAAUCUUCGAUAUCGCCCAAGACAUCGAUUACCUUGAUUGCGUCGUGAACGAAUCUCUCCGACUAUGCCCGCCUAUAUUUCAAAUGAAUCGCUCCUGCCAUGAAGAUCAUGACAUUGAAGGUAUUCACAUCCCAGCAGGAAUGGAAGUGAUAAUUCCAACGUUCGCAAUUCAUCAUGAUCCCGAAGCUUGGCCGAAUCCCGAAAAGUUUGAUCCGGACAGAUUCCGAGAGAAAAACGAAGGCACUCGUCACUCGUACCAGUUUUUGCCUUUUGGAGCAGGUCCUCGAAACUGCAUCGCGAUGAGGUUCGCCUUGAUGGAAAUAAAGAUCGCAUUGGCGAAAGUAUUGAUGAAAUACAAGUUCGUUCAGUCACCAGAAACACAAGUUCCACUGGCCUUACAUACAGGGGUUAUGCUAUCGCCAAGAAAUGGCAUCUUUCUCAGAGUGGAAAAUGCGUAAGAAUCUUUUUUUCACGCUUUAAAAGCCCUCCUUCAUUUUUAAUCGACUUUGAACCGAAUUUUAUAAACAAGUAAACAAUAUUUUUUA